UAAAAUUAAAAUAUUUUUAAUAAAUGGCUAAGUUUACAAAUAAACCAAAAGGUCGUACAAGUAAGAGAUUAGCUCUAAAUAAAAAAUAUAAAAUAGAAAAGAAGGUGAAGUAACAUCAUAAAAAGCUUAAAAAGGAAGCUAGAAAGAUGAGUGCCUUAGGAUAAAUCAAGAAAAGUAUAAAUGAAUAUUAAUGAAAUUAUAGCAUCAUCUAAGGAAAUAGGGAUUCCAAAUAUGUAUCCAUUUAAAAAAAAUGUGAUUGAAACUUUGAAGAGAAAGAAGGAUUAAGAAGAAUAAGAGAAAAAAAUAUAAAAAUUAUAAGCAAAAGAGGAGAUUGAUUUGAAUUUGGCAGAAGUGAAAUCAAAUCUAUAUGAAUCCAAAGCACCAGUAGUUGAAGAGGAAUAAAUUUAAUAGGAGAAUAUUGCUUAAUUAACAAAAGAGCAUAAGAAAUAUAUAACAUAGGUAAAAAAAGUAGUGGAAGUAAUUUAUUUAUUUAUAUUAUAUAAAGGCUGCAGAUAUAAUUUUAAUAAUAUUGGAUGCUAGAGAUCCUAUGGCAUGUAGAUGUAAACAUUUAGAGAGAGAAAUUGUUGGUAUGCCAGGAGAAAAGAAGAUUAUAUUGGUAUUGAAUAAAAUAGAUUUGGUUCCAGCAGGAAAUGCAGAUGAAUGGUUAGCUCAUUUAAGAAGAGAAUUUGCAACUGUUCUUUUUAAAGCUAAUACCUAAUAAUAAUAAUCAAAUUUGUCUUCAGCAUCAAUAUACAAGAAAACUUUAUCCUAAAGAUAAGAUUUAGCUGAUGAUUUGACUUCUUCAUCUAAAGCAAUUGGAGCAGAUAAAUUAUUAGAAUUAAUAAAAAAUUAUUCAAAAAAUGAUGGAGUGAAAAGUAGUGUUACAGUUGGUGUUAUUGGUUAUCCAAAUGUUGGAAAGAGUUCUGUUAUUAACAGUCUUAAGAGAAGUAAGGCUUGUGCUGUUUCUUCUACUCCAGGAUUUACAAAAGGACUUUAAGAAGUUGUUAUAGACAAUUAAGUUAAAAUUAUUGAUUGUCCAGGUGUUGUUUUUGAUUCUGAAAAUAAGGAUAGUACUCUUUUAAGAAAUAUAAUUAAAGUAGAAAUUUAUAUAUAUACAAUAUAUAUAGAUUGAAUAAAUAGAAGAUCCAAGAGAACCUAUUGGAGAAAUAUUAAAAAAGGUUUCUAAAAAUGAGUUACUCUUACUGUACAAGAUUUAAACUUUUAAUAAUGUUAAUGAAUUCUUGUGUUAAGUAGCUUUGGCAAGAGGAAAAUUAUAAAAAGGAGGGAUUCCAGAUUUAGAAUGUGCAGCUAGAAUUGUAUUAUAGGAUUGGAACUAAGGUAAGAUUAAAUAUUUUACUAUACCUCCCAAUUAAAUUGAAUAAGAAUGACUUAUUUAUUUGUUUGUUUCAUAAAAAAAAUUAAUAAAGCUUUAGUUGAUAUAUGGG